CCAUCUAUUCUGACGUUGACAACACAGAAGGUUUGUGCGCGAAGGUGCAGAUGUUGGCGGUUUGAAUAGAGGCACAAAGGUAGCAAAAGGUCCGCUCUUCAAGCCGAGCUGCACUUCACGGAGAUUAAAAGACAAUCUUUCUGGAAAAUGGCAAAUUGUGACGACAUUCAAGUGAAGGAGCUGAACAAGCGCGCGUCGGGUCAGGCAUUUGAGGUCAUUCUGAGCUCCUCGACUCCUGACGCCAAAGUGGAGUUCCCGCUGUCCCCCAACAGGAAAAGGGAAACAUCUCUUGAUGAAAUUAAGAAGAAAUUGGAAGCUGCAGAGGGAAGGCGCAGGAGUCAAGAAGCCGAAGUUCUGAAGCAUUUGGCUGAGAAACGAGAGCACGAGAAGGAGGUCAUCCAGAAGGCCAUCGAGGAAAGCUGCAACUUCAGCAAGCAGGCGGAGGAGAAACUCAAUCAGAAGAUGGAGGCUAACAAAGAGAACCGCUCCGCCCGGAUGGCAGCUCUCAACGAGAAAUUCAAGGAGAAGGACAAGAAGCUUCAGGAGGUGAGGAAGAACAAGGAGGCCAUAAAAGAAACUGAGAACUAACCUGUUUCUGCUCUUAGUAGAGAGAUAAGUUAUCUGUCUGACAACCUCCUAAGAUCUUAACGAUGCUGGUUGUAAUUAUGCUCUAGACUUCUCUGGUUAGUUUUAUAUGUUGUCUGACUUUUUUUUUUUCUGGAGUUCUGUUUGGCAGCUGACUAUACUGUAUUUUUUUAUAUAUAAAAACAACGGUCUGUAAUAAUUUAGUUGUUAUAUUUACCAAUGUCAAAAACAAACAAAAAACUUAACAGGCUCUUCCAGGCUGUUGAUAAUGUUGUAUAUCUGAACUGACUAUAUGAUACAGGGGUUCAACCAACCAGAUUCAAUUCCAGUAUUUUGGUUUGUGCAGGAUUGUUGUUGUCUUUGACCUCACAAUAUUUUUUUUAUAAAAUUUUAUUUUUGUAUUUUCUACCUUUCUUGGAACAGCAGACUAUGGUGUAACAUCUUCAUGAAAGCUGAAAACUGUUACUUAACUGUUAAUAAAGACUUUGACAAUACUGACA